AUGGCCAGUAACCAGGCUAGCUCCCAGGAGGAUCAGAGCAGGCACUGCAAGUUCUUAUCCUACAUGUUCUACCAGGCUGUCAGAGAUCACAAGCCCGUGUGGAUGCUGGAAGACAUGAGGACUAUGGAGUAUUUUUACUGGGAGGAAAAUGCCAGCCUAAGGACCUACUCCCCAUCGGAAGCCCUGCUGUAUGCAGUGGUGCACAAUCACCUACCUUAUGCCCAGUAUCUUCUGUCUCAUUUUCCAGAGGAGGCUCUCAAAGUCCCCGGAGAACAUUUCUGCUAUUGCCCAUCCUCUGCCCCUCACUUGGCCAUGGCUGUAACAUAUGACAGAAGAGACAUUUUGGGGCUGAUCAUCAGCAUUGCACACAAACUGCCUAGUCUGAACUCCUACAUCAACAGAACCGGCUGCUUUCACCUGGAAGACGGAAAGACCCCUCUGCAUCUCGCCUGUGAGCUCCUGAGGUCGGAGACAGUCCUCAUCCUCCUAGGAAAUGGGGCCUCUCCCAGGAUAGAGGACAGUAAAGGGCUCACCCCACUGGAUGUCAUCCUGGAGCAGAUGUGGGAGUCUAAAGUCAAUGUAGCAUCCAAAAAACUCUGCCUCGAUUACCUCUUGCUAUUCAUGCCUAACCCUCAAUUCAAGAUGCGGAAGGCUCUACAGGAACAUCCAGAGCACUGGACACUUUUGCUAGGGGAGGACAAGUUCAACAGCCUGGUGGGGAACGUGCCUGCAUCCUUAUACCUGCAAUCUAUGCAAACUAUUCUCCAGACUCUUCCACCCUCCCAUUUUCCUAAAAGCAUCCAGGAACUACCUAUACCUCAGGCACUAAAGCCCUUGCCUUGUUUAGGCAAACAGCAUCCAACAAAAAAUAUGGUAAAUGGUUUUCCAUGA